AUGGACCCCGGACGCAGAAAGGCGACUCAGAUAACUUCGAAAGCCGGAGCUGCCACCCGCAAGGCUUCGGAGCCGGGUACGAGGGUAGCCCUGACCCAGCCUGGCGAGUCUCCCGCUGCUUCCCGGGCCGCUSGACCCGUGGGAAAGGGCGGCCCUGUCCGGGAGUCCCAAUCCUUGCAGACCCAGAGCGCUCGGGAUCCCCAGGAGAAGCUGCUGGAACGUGCUCCCGGAGCCCGAUCGAAAAAGCCAUCUCUGCGCGCGAAGGGUGCGCCGCCCUCGGGCUUUAGUAGCACCGACCGAGCCGAGUCGCGCACGGUUCCAGCCCAGGCAAUGGAGCUCCCUCCGGCCCUGGGGCCGCCCCUUCCCAGGGCAGGGUCUCGCCGCGAGGGAGGCGCGCRUUCGGCUCGGGAACAGAGACCCCAGCCUGAACCCACGGAAGUGCCUUGCUCCGUCCCGCCGCUCCGGGCCCCGAGUCUGGGAGGGAAGGAAGGGGCGUCUGGCGGCUGGAAGCCCCGGGCUGUGCUGGAGAAGUUGAGGCUCAGGCGCCAGGAAAUCUCAGCCGCAGCCGAGGUGGUGAACAAGGUCGUGGACCACCUGCUUAGGAGAUUGCAGGACUUCGAUUCCGAGUUCAAAGGUGUCGAGUUGCUGCGCACGGGGAGCUACUACGAGCGCGUGAAGAUUUCUGCACCUAAUGAAUUUGAUGUCAUGUUUAAACUGGAAGUCCCCAGAAUUCAGCUAGAAGAAUAUUGUGAUAGUGGUGCUCAUUACUUCGUGAAGUUCAAAAGAAAUCCCAAAGGAAAUCCUCUGAAGCACUUUGUAGAAGAGGAAAUAUUGUCAGCUUCUAAGAUGCUGUUAAAGUUUAGGAAAAUCAUUAAAGAUGAAAUUAAAAAUAUCAAAGAUAUAGACAUCACUAUGGAGAAGAAAAAACCAGGGAGUCCUGCUGUAACACUUGUUAUUAGAAAAUCUGAAGAAAUAUUUGUGGAUAUAAUUCUGGCUUUGGAAUCAAAAAGUAGCUGGCCUGCUAACACACAGAAAGGUCUGCCCAUCAAUAACUGGCUUGGAGCAAAAGUUAGGACCAAUCUAAGACGACAGCCAUUUUACCUCGUACCCAAGCAUGCAAAAAAAGGAAACGGUUUUCAAGAAGAGACAUGGCGGCUCUCUUUCUCUCACAUUGAAAAAGACAUUUUGAACAACCAUGGACAAUCUAAAACAUGUUGUGAAACUGAUGGAGUUAAAUGUUGCAGGAAAGAUUGUUUAAAACUAAUGAAAUACCUUUUGGAACAGCUGAAAAAAAAGUUUGAAGACCGAAAAGAACUGGAUAAAUUCUGCUCUUAUCAUGUGAAAACUGCCUUCCUGCAUGUAUGUACCAAGGAUCCACAGGAUAGUCAGUGGCACCCCAAAAAUCUAGUAGUCUGCUUUGAUAACUGUGUGGCAUUCUUUCUUGAGUGUCUUAGGGCAGAACAACUGGAGCAUUAUUUUAUUCCUGUAGUCAAUCUAUUCUCUCGAAACCACAUUGACAAAAUAAGUAAAGAAUUUUUGUGCAAACAAAUUGAAUAUGAAAGAAACAAUGGAUUUCCAAUUUUUAAUGAAUUUUGA